GGAAAUUUUUGAAAAAAUGUUCUAUCCUGUUUUUGAUGAUGAAGAUAUGAAUAUAAUUAAAUAAGAUUUGUUGGGGAAUGGGUCAGAGCGAUAAGUAUACCUGGGAGAAAUUAUAGGUACGAAGCAAAAAGUAGCAGUGAAAGAAUUUAAAUAAUUCUUGAAUAAAGAAUAAAUUGAAUGUUUGCAUCGAAUACAGGAUGCUUCAUUUAAGUAUAUUAUUAGGAUUUAAGAAAUAAUUCUUCAACCUAAGUAAAUUCAAAAUAUAAAUGUGGUAAGUGGGAGUUAAAACCAUAUCUUGAACCCUUUCUAGUUAUGGAAUUUGCAUAGUGCAAUUUUAAAAAAUACAUGGAAAAUAAAGAAUUUUUGGAAUUGGAGAUUCAUUAAAAAUAUAAAAUAUUCAUUUAGGUAAGAAUUAUAUCUUAUUACUUUAGAUGAUUGAAGGAGUAAUGCAAUUACAUAGCUUUAAUUAUUUUC